CGCCCGCCGUGCGCUGCGCUGUGCAGGAAUAGGAAAUCCUGGGAGCUCUUCCUGCUGCCCGCCCUGCUCCUCCUGCACAUUGACCCGCGUCCUCCGCCUCCGAGGGAGACUUCCCUGCCGUGAGCGCUCGCUGCCUCGCCGCUGUGCCGUCCCUGCCCUGACCGCCUGCUCAGUGCUGGUGACAGCUGCCAUGGAAGCGCUCGCAGCUGAGCCCUCCCCCUGACACGGCUGCGGGCAGAGCAGCAGCUCUCACCAGACUAUGUCCCUGCACACCUGGACGCACAUCUGCAGCCGGUCAGAGGGCCAGAUGCAGUACAUACCACUGGAUCUGCUGAUUCACAUCCUCUAAUGGAAAGUAAACUUAAAGCAUUCAGUAUUGGCAAAAUGAGUGCUGCCAAACGGACUCUGAGCAAGAAGGAGCAAGAGGAAUUAAAAAAGAAGGAGGAUGAGAAGGCUGCUGCAGAAAUUUAUGAAGAAUUCCUCGCUGCCUUCGAAGGAGGCGAUGGUAAUAAAGUGAAAACAUUUGUAAGAGGAGGAAUCGUUAAUGCAUCUAAAGAGGAGCAUGAAACAGAUGAAAAACGGGGUAAAAUCUAUAAACCUUCAUCACGAUUCUCAGAUCAAAAAAGUCAACCAAGUCAGCCAUCCAAUGAGAAACCUCCAUCCCUCCUAAUGAUAGAAACCAAAAAGCCUCCUUUGAAGAAAGGAGAGAAGGAAAAGAAAAAGAGUAAUUUGGAACUUUUUAAAGAAGAAUUAAAGCAAAUCCAAGAGGAGCGUGAUGAAAGGCACAAAACAAAAGGUAGAUUGAGUCGUUUUGAACCACCCCAGUCUGAUUCAGAUGGGCAGCGGCGUUCAAUGGAUGCUCCUUCAAGAAGAAACAGAUCGUCUGGUGUACUAGAUGAUUAUGCACCAGGGUCACAUGAUGUUGGAGAUCCAAGCACAACAAAUUUGUAUCUGGGAAACAUCAAUCCUCAGAUGAAUGAAGAGAUGUUAUGUCAAGAAUUUGGCCGCUUUGGACCAUUAGCGAGUGUUAAAAUUAUGUGGCCAAGAACUGAUGAAGAAAGAGCAAGAGAAAGAAAUUGUGGCUUUGUUGCCUUUAUGAACAGGAGAGAUGCUGAAAGAGCACUGAAGAAUUUAAAUGGCAAGAUGAUUAUGUCGUUUGAAAUGAAGCUGGGCUGGGGCAAAGCUGUACCUAUACCACCACAUCCAAUCUACAUUCCACCUUCCAUGAUGGAGCACACCCUGCCACCUCCCCCAUCAGGACUGCCUUUCAAUGCCCAGCCUAGGGAGAGAUUGAAGAAUCCUAAUGCUCCAAUGUUACCACCACCAAAAAACAAGGAAGAUUUUGAGAAGACUCUGUCGCAAGCCAUAGUCAAAGUGGUUAUCCCAACAGAAAGGAAUUUGCUCGCUUUGAUACAUCGAAUGAUAGAGUUUGUGGUUCGGGAAGGGCCCAUGUUCGAAGCCAUGAUCAUGAACCGAGAAAUCAACAACCCAAUGUUCAGGUUUUUAUUUGAAAACCAGACUCCAGCCCAUGUGUACUAUAGAUGGAAGCUUUAUUCAAUUCUUCAGGGGGAUGCUCCAACCAAGUGGAGGACAGAAGAUUUCCGUAUGUUCAAAAAUGGAUCCUUCUGGAGGCCACCACCAUUGAAUCCAUACUUGCAUGGGAUGUCAGAAGAGCAAGAAACGGAGGCAUUUGUGGAGGAACCGAACAAGAAGGGUGCACUUAAGGAAGAACAGAGGGACAAACUAGAGGAAAUUCUGCGUGGAUUAACACCUCGGAAGAACGACAUUGGUGAUGCAAUGGUUUUCUGUCUAAAUAAUGCAGAAGCUGCUGAGGAAAUUGUGGACUGCAUUACAGAGUCACUGUCUAUCCUCAAGACUCCUCUUCCUAAGAAGAUCGCAAGAUUGUAUCUAGUGUCGGAUGUGUUAUACAACUCUUCAGCUAAAGUUGCCAAUGCUUCCUACUAUAGAAAAUUUUUUGAAACAAAAUUAUGUCAGAUAUUCUCUGAUCUCAAUGCUACUUACCGUACAAUACAAGGCCAUUUACAGUCUGAAAAUUUCAAGCAACGGGUGAUGACAUGCUUCCGAGCAUGGGAAGAUUGGGCAAUCUAUCCAGAACCAUUUCUGAUCAAACUGCAGAAUAUUUUCUUGGGACUUGUAAAUAUCAUGGAAGAUAAAGAAACAGAGGAAGUACCAGAUGAUCUCGAUGGUGCUCCCAUUGAGGAAGAGCUCGAUGGUGCUCCACUAGAAGAUGUGGAUGGAAUUCCUAUUGAUGCUGCUCCUAUUGAUGAUCUGGAUGGAGUCCCAAUUAAAUCGCUGGAUGAUGAUCUUGAUGGAGUUCCUUUGGAUACAACUGAAGACUCAAAAAAGAAUGAGCCUAUAUUUAAAGUUGCCCCUUCGAAGUGGGAAGCAGUGGAUGAAUCAGAACUGGAAGCUCAAGCUGUUACUACUUCUAAGUGGGAGCUUUUUGACCAACAUGAAGAAUCUGAGGAGGAGGAAAUUCAAAAUCAAGAAGAAGAAAGUGAAGAUGAAGAAGACACGCAGAGUUCUAAAUCAGAAGAGCAACACAUGUAUUCCAAUCCUAUUAAAGAGGAAAUGCCUGAAUCCAAGUCAUCAGUCAAAUAUUCAGAAAUGAGUGAAGAAAAGCGUGCCAAACUCCGAGAGAUAGAGCUUAAGGUGAUGAAGUUUCAGGAUGAGUUAGAGUCUGGGAAAAGACCCAAGAAGCCAGGCCAGAGUUUUCAGGAACAGGUUGAACACUAUAGAGACAAGCUGCUCCAGAGGGAAAAAGAAAAGGAGAUGGAAAGAGAACGGGACAGAGACAAAAAGGACAAGGAAAAAUCUGAGACGAGGUCCAAAGAUAAGAAGGAAAAAGAGGAAUGUACACCAACACGAAAAGAGAGGAAAAGGCGGCACAGCGCUUCCCCCAGCCCGUCCCGCAGCAGGCGCAGCCGCCGAGCCAAGUCGCCCUCGCCCAAAUCCGAGCGCUCCGAGCGCUCCGAGCGCUCCCACAAGGAGAGCUCCCGCUCCCGCUCCUCACACAAAGAUUCUCCCAGAGAUGUCAGUAAAAAAGGCAAAAGGUCGCCGUCUGGCUCCAGGACACCCAAAAGAUCAAGAAGAUCACGAUCCAGAUCCCCUAAAAAGUCAGGGAAAAAAUCCAGGUCUCAGUCCCGUUCUCCUCACAGAUCUCACAAGAAAUCAAAGAAAAGCAAACACUGACAUUGUUAAUAUUUUUUAUGAUGCUGUCUCUUACUGGAAAUGCAGUUUUGUUUUUGUGCCUGAACAGUCUGUUUAAAAACAAAAAAGCAUUCCUGAUUUUUUUUUUUGUGAAUGCACGUGUAUACUCAUGAGUAUCAGCAUCUGUAGACCUGUCAUUGUUUUAUAUUGUACAAAAUAUCUUCAUUGUGACUAUUUCCCAAAAGAAACAUUUUUGUGUUUAGAAGUUUCAUCAGAAAUGUGUGUAACUGAUCUGCUGGCAGUAGUGGUAUUUUGUUUUUAGAAUGUUGUGACAUAGCAGAAAUAACCCAAAUGUUCCCCUUUUUGUAGCUUUGACAAUUUGAAUUAGAUUUCAAAUAAAAUCUGAACAGAAAAUGCAGAUGUUGUUUUCUUGCUGCACUGGUGAUCAGAUCCCUAAGGGAGUGCAGAGUUUGUUUGGAAGUACUGUGUAUUUCAGACAGACUGUGGUGCUGGAUGGUUCAGUGCAGUGUGGCUCUGUUCCUGUUCUCACUGCUUUGACUGUCCAAAUAAAGGCACCUUCUGAAUCCA